AUGAAGGCCGUUCACACUCUUGCUCUCGGCCUUGCCGUCUUUUCUCCCCUGGCCUCCGCUUGGCCACAAUGGCUCCCUGACGUAGAUGCGCUCGUAGUUCGUCAGAAUGACGAAUCCACAGCCGCUGCCACUGCCACCCAAGCGGCAUCUGCCACGACAGGUGCUAAAGCAACCGCCACUACCGCAGACGCGACGAACACCGGCGGAGCGAAGACAACCAACCUUAACACCGCAAAGGUGAAGACAGGCACCAACACUGGGUCUGCUACCGGCACAGGCACCGAUGCUACCGCGAGCUCUGAGUCUACUUUCGAUGCUAGAGAUCCUGUUGGCAGUGUUGUCAUGGUCGAUCCCGCGACGACGGCCAACUCUAUCAACUUGUACAAGAUCGGAGACUACGUCACUUGGAAGUGGAACUACACAAACGUGCAAGCCACCCCAACAGCCGUUGAUGUGCUCAUCAGCUGUUCUUCCCGAUCCCAGACGUGGACGUUGACACAGAACAUGAGUUGGGCCGAGCCCGCUUCUUACACAUGGGAUACGAGCGUCCAGGCUACUGAUGCCUCAGCUCCCUUGGGCAACGACGCGUAUACGCUGAUUAUUUAUGACGCCGAAUCCAGCGUCACUGCUACUGCAGGCGCCGGCUACCUGGGUGUUUCCAACGCUCUCACCUUUGGCAUGUACCAGCCCCAAGCGUACACACCGUUGAGCGACUUCAACUGCCCGACUUGCGACUCGGCUGCCUCCGCGCUCAAUAGCAAGGCCAUUAGCAUGGCCGUGGGUAUGAGCAUCAUCACCGUCGCCAGCUUUACGUGGUUUGUGGCUGGACUAGGCAUGUUUUAA